CUGUCCUAGAGUUUGAAGAGCUGGAGAAGUUGUUCCUGGAGCCGAGGGUUUGUUCAAGCCCUGAGUGGGUGGGGUGGCUGUGGAACAUGCUAUAAAGAAGCAUUAGGAGCUGAGCAAACACCACCAGCCGGAGCAGCAGGAGGAGAAGCGACAUGGCAGGGCUUCACGUCCGCUCCGUCCUGGUGACGGGGGCCAACCGGGGCAUCGGCCUGGGGCUGGUCCAGCAUUUCCUGGAGAUGCCAAAGCCACCCACAUGGGUCUUUGCGGGUUGCCGGGACCCCAAGGGCCAGCGGGCGCAGGAGUUACAGAAUUUGGCUUCCAAGCACCCCAACCUGAUCAUCGUCCCACUCGAAGUCAGUGACCCUGCCAGCAUCAAGGCGGCUGCAGCCAGAGUUGGGGAGCAGCUGGGGGGCUUGGGACUGAACCUCCUCAUCAACAACGCUGGAAUUGCAAAGCAAGCAUCACUUGACAACGAGACUCUGGAAAACAUGACCCAGGUUUACACCACCAACACGGUUGGGCCCCUGCUGGUUGGCCAGGCAUUCCUGCCCUUGCUGAAGAAGGCUGCUCAGGGGAGCCCGGGCUCAGCGCUGAGCUGCAACAAGGCAGCCAUCAUCAACAUGUCCAGCUCUGCUGGCUCCAUUGAGGAACUCUAUUUAUGGAAUUUAGGACAUGUUGUCUCCUACCGUUGCAGCAAGGCUGCUCUCAACAUGCUGACCAAGUGCCAGUCCCUGGGCUACCAGGAGCACGGCAUCCUCUGCGUUGCUCUCCACCCUGGCUGGGUGCAAACCGACAUGGGGGGCUCAGGAUCACAAAAGCCCCCUGUGACGGUGGAGGCCAGCGUGCAAGGGAUGCUGAAGGUGCUCUCCUCCCUCUCUGAGAAGGAGACCGGGGCCUUCCUGGACUGGGAGGGGAAGGUUGUGCCCUGGUGAGAUGCCAGUCCAAGAUCCUGACAGCAGGUCCCACCUGCACCACGUCGUGCCUGUGUCUUAAUAAAUUUGUGUCUG